AUGGCUUUAAGCAAUGAUGAACUUGCUUGUAUUUAUGCAGCACUUAUUUUAGCUGAUGAUAAUGUUGAUAUUACAAGUGAUAAAAUUGCAACUAUUUUAAAAGCUGCGAAUUAUGAAAUUGAACCAUAUUGGCCUGGUCUAUUUGCAAGUGCAUUAGAAGGUGUACAAGUAACAGAUCUUAUCAAAAAUAUUGGUUCCGUCCCAGUACCUACUGCUGCUUCGGCUCCAGUAACUACAACUACACCUGCAGCUGAUGAUAAGAAAGUAGCUGCUGGUGGUAAAGAAGCACCAAAGACAGAAGAAAAAGAACAUUCAGACGACGAAGAUAUGGGAUUGGGUUUAUUCGAUUAA